AGUUUUGCCUUGUAACAUUAAGGCUAGGAAUUAUUAUCAAUGGCUGUAUCAUCUUACCAAUCUAUCAUGUCAAGCUCAAUGACCACCAUUUCUAGCAGGUCUAGAGUUAACCAAAUCAGUAACAUCCCUUCUGUGUACAUGCCUAGCUUUAGAAGGAAUGCUAGCUUCAAAGUUCGAUCCAUGGCUGAGGAAGGGCAGAAAGAGCAACCAAAGGUACCUGUAGAUUCAAUUACACCAACAUCAGCACCAACUCCACCACCACAAUCAGCCUAUACUCGUGCACCAAAGAUGAGCACAAAAUUUUCGGAUUUGAUGGCUUUUGGUGGGCCAGCACCUGAAAGAAUCAAUGGAAGGUUGGCUAUGAUUGGUUUUGUAGCAGCAAUGGGGGUGGAAAUAGCAAAAGGACAGGGUUUGUUUGAUCAAAUAUCUGGUGGUGGAAUUCCAUGGUUCUUGGGGACAAGUGUGUUGUUGUCACUUGCUUCUUUGAUUCCAUUUUUCCAAGGUGUUAGUGUUGAGUCCAAGUCAAAAGGUGUUAUGUCUUCAGAUGCAGAACUAUGGAAUGGAAGAAUUGCUAUGUUGGGUUUGAUUGCUUUGGCCUUUACAGAGUAUGUUAAGGGUACCUCCCUUGUGUAAUAGAUUUCUGUUCUAUAGGGAAUGAAUUAAAAUCUGUAGAUUUUUGUUAGAAACCAAUA